GCAUCGGCCUGGCAGGCAGGCAGGCAGGCAGGCAGUUUCGGCCGCCAGUCAGUCAAUCGCAAAGCUUCUCGCUAGUCGGUCGAUCCGCGGUCUUACCGAGCCGUGAUUGAACGAUCGUUUUGCCUUCGUCGCAUCGCGCGAGAACCGGAUGAGACACGCGUUCGGGAAGUGAGGAACGCGUUGUUUUUGUUGUUGUUGUCGUCGUCGUUGACGAGGUUGUGGGCAGAAUUUCAUUAUCAUCCGUUACAUUUGUGUUUGUGUUUCAUUUAAACGCCAAUUCACGUGUAUGCAUGCACGAAAGUACAUUAUUGGCGACAGAUAGAACAAGGUUUCACGGCAUCCGCGGUGGAGUGUUGUGUGAAAAAGUGAAUUCGGAUACGUCUGUCUGUCCUUGCAUACUUUGAAUGUGUGAUAUAAAGCAAGAGUCGUGAAUAACAGGGUGAACGUCCGGGGCGCGACGAGGUGACGAUUCUCCCUCGAUUGAUAACUGUUUUGUUAGUUUGCAAAAAUGGUUCGCGGCCUUACGCAAUGGACGAAGACCCUCAGUUUUCCGGCGAGGGUGUCACCCCAGAGACCCGCGAAGGAGGCGAAAGUCUUUCAAGUCAGCCCCAGCGCGAGUCCGACGACUCCGCCGAGUCCCAUCGGCGAUAACAUCGACAAGCCAGCUGUCAUCAACGAAGAGAGUUUUCAAGACUUGGAAGCUGAGAAGGCAAUAAUGGGGUCGAUAGUUUAUUGCAUUCAUCACAAAGACGGCUGCAAAUGGUCAGAUGAACUUAGAAAGCUAAAAGCUCACUUGAACACGUGUAAACAUGACGCUGUACCAUGCAGUAACAAAUGUGGGGCAAUGAUUCCACGGGUUCUAAUGGAGGACCAUCUCAAAUACACGUGUGCCCAGCGACGGGCCAGAUGCGAUUUUUGUGCUAAGGAAUUCACCGGUCAUACCCUUGAGAAGCACAGUGGUACUUGCGGAUAUGAACCGCUGUAUUGCGAGAACAAAUGUGGCAUGAAAGUGCAGAGAAGGCAUCUAAGUCAGCAUAAAUUAGGCGAAUGUGCUAAGAGAUUGGUAGCCUGCCGUUACUGUAACAAGGAAUUUGUAUUUGAUACUCUUGGUGCACAUCACGCAAAGUGUGGUCGUUUUCCUGUUGCUUGUCCCCAUCGUUGUGAGACAGCAGUGUUGCCAAGGGAGGAUCUCGAAGUUCACCUGAAGGACCAUUGCACAACGCAUCUACUUUCGUGCACUUUCAAAGAUGCCGGGUGCCGUUUCAAGGGUAAUAGAUUUUCUUUGGAUAAACAUCUUGAAGAAUCCACAAAAAUGCACCUGAGCUUGAUGUGCAGUGUUGUUACGAAGCAACAGCAUCAAAUCACUAGUCUGAAGUCAGCGAUCAGUAAAUUAUCACUCAAUUACACCGGUACACUAAUAUGGAAGAUAUCUGACUACACCGCGAAAAUGUCUGAAGCUAAGGUCAAAGAAGGCAUGGAGCUAGUUAGUCCACCUUUUUAUACUAGUCAAUAUGGGUAUAAAUUGCAGGCAUCUGUUUUCUUAAACGGGAAUGGAACUGGCGAAGGGAGUCACAUUUCUAUAUAUAUCAAGAUUUUGCCAGGGGAAUACGAUGCUUUGUUGCGCUGGCCAUUUUCCCAUAGUGUCUCUUUCACGAUGUUCGAUCAAACAGUCGUUGCAGAGAAGGCGUGCAACAUCGUAGAAAGCUUUAUACCUGAUCCGACCUGGAAAAAUUUUCAGAGACCUAGUCGUGAGCCAGAUUCCCUAGGCUUUGGUUUUCCUAGGUUUGUAUCUCAUGAGAUGGUGAAAAAACGACAUUUCGUCAAAGAUGACACGAUGUUCAUCAGAGUGAAAGUUGAUCCUAGUAAAAUAGUCGCCGUUUGAUUCUAUAUAGAGAUAAUCACAAGUGUUUCGGCUAGGAUUAUUCAGUUUUUGCCGUUUACCUACACAAUGCCCGUAACAUAUCUGGUAAUGUGCAGGUAUGCAUAACUUGGACGGACUUUAACGUUACCUGCAUCUUUAUUUCACGGAGAGACUAGUUUUUGAGCCGCUGAUUACCGAUGAACUUGUUUCCUUACCCUUUGAUAUUUUCAAUAAGCCCCUGAAAUGUGUAUGGUAUAUUGAAGUUACGGAAGUACGGCAUAUUUUUACUACACAAGUUGGCAAGUCAUAAAACCGGUUCUGGAGGUGAUUUUUCACCCUCAUAUAAUUUUUCUCUUUGUCUCUGUUUCACGACCUAGAAUAAUUUAUUGACUUUUAUGUCAAUUCCACCCAUCCGAUGUUGUUCCAAGUUGUCAAUUGGAGUAAUGUGAGACGGUUAUUUGAUACUGGAUCUUUGCUUCCAGAAUUUUCUGCUCUGUACAAUUGAUUUUUGUUCUCUAAAGGCGCGGUAUACAGCGUUUACUUCUCGUUGGUACCGGUCCCACCAGUAUGUUCUUUACCAUGGUUGAUAGAUAUACAUACCUACGAUAUUUGGAGCUUCCGAGCCAUAUGAUAAUUCGAUAAGUAUAUUUAUAAUUGUGCAUGUUGGUAAUUUGUUGAACGGAUGAAUAUUACAUGAAGUCGAAGAUGCGUCUACUUUUGAAAUAUUUUUAUACGUUCUGUAACAAAUAAGUGGCCUUAUAUGUUGAACAAGAAACACUUGAGAGCAAGAAGUAAAAUCAAAGAUUAAUCAAAUUUACACCAUAAAUAUCUCUUAAGACGGACAACUUACAUCCACGCUAAAGGCCAGUUCGCAGUGGUUGACACGUGACAUAAAGUGGCCUUAGGUUGGUCGGCUAGCCCGCUUUAAGCGAUAUUUACGGUAUAGUACUCAUGUAUGUACCUAAAGCGUAAGUAAGUAUGUAAAUAUUGUGAAAUAAACUCCGUAUGAAACAA